AUGACGUCACGAGCUCCGUGCACCCAGGCACGCACUGAGAUCGAGGAUCAGUCCGCCCUCAUCUCCCAGGCACACACUGGCCGCAGGGCGCAUACGCCAACUGCCUCCCGCGAGCUCACGGGGAGUGCGAGCGCGCGGCACUACAUCCCCCACAGGCCUCAGCGCGUGGGAUCAUGCGCACUGGCAGCCGUUGAGCCAUUUAAAAGUCGUUCGUUGGGGGAAAUGGCCGCGCAGCUGGGUCCGUUCGCUGAGGAGAGGGACAAAGCUAAGGGAGGACGCAAGAAGAAGCGGAGGGAGGGUUCUCCAUCGUCGGAGAAGAAGCGAAAGAAGAAAGGAGACGGUGAUGGAGGAGGCAGCGGCCGCGGUGGAGGGAGAGAGGACACGGAGAAGGAAGCCAAGAGGAGGAAGCUUGGCAAUGACACCCAUCACAGCUGUCACCAUCACCACCACCAUCACCACAGACACCAUCACCACCACCAUGGCAAAGAGGAGCUGCUGCUGCGACCACCACCCCCUCCCAGCGGCCCUCCUCAGCCUGCCCAGCCUGUGCCCACCAUCAGCCAGGCCUUGUUCACUCUGUCCCAGCUGGAGAGGCCUAGGGAGAAGAUCAAGAGAAAGCACCGGGUGAAGAAAGAGAAUGGGGGAGGAGAGGAAGAGGCUCCUCUGAAAGCUGUCAAAGAAGGUCAGACAGUGAUCAUAUCUGGGGGUGAGAGUAAUGGUUUGUGGUGUGACCUGUGCCAUACGGCAUGCUGAGCAUCAUGGGAAGUGCCAGUAGCUAGCCCUCAGUGACUGGCAGGCCCCUGGCAUGUGACAGGAGAUUGGGAGCAUGCUAUCCCGGGUAGAAGGGAGCAGAGGAGCUCAGUAUUGGACACGGUGUAAUAAUUGGUUAUAGAGGACCCACUGAUGGUGGUCACUGUGUAUUGUGGCUGAGAAGGGGGGGGAUGGUGUAUCUUUAUUUCUCGGUUAUUGUUAUGAAUAACUGGGAGUUGUUGUGAUAUGGAGCUGAUGUUUAUGGAAAUAAAGUUGCAGCACUCUGACAGUGGAAAUAGCCAGGAGCAGGUGGAUGGAAGUAUUGGAGCUGAUAAAGCGAGAGACUGCCUAUAGGUGUCUUAUUUCGUUGUGCAAGGAGUUUAAAAGGCUUUGGUUACUGCAAUACUUGUGUUUUUUGUUUGUUUGUUCCCACCUCCCCUGUCUUAAUAUGCUGCUAUUUAUCUGAUUUCUAAGAAUUGAUUUUUAAACCUGACAGAAUCGUAUCUGGAUACAGACAGCAAAUAGAGGUGUGUGUGUGUGUGCGCGUGUGUGUGCAUCUAGGUGUGUAUGAAUCUGACACACACAGUAACACACAGAUCCACACACCUUGACACACAGUGUGUCAGUGUGGAUCUGUGCAUCUGACACAUACACACAGAUUCACACAGUGACAUUUGCACACACGCACAUACAAACACACUGGCGCACACUCAGAUACACACAGUGACACCUACACCAACCUAGACACACAUACUCUUUGACAGACACACAUACGGACACAUACAUUCUCACUGACAAUCAUACAUACAUACACUCACUGACACAGACAUACAAACUCAUUAACAGACACACACUUUUUUUUAACAUUUUUAAUUUACAUUUUUUUUUUUUUUUUUCACUCCACGCAGACUCUCUACCUUUGCUCAGCUCCCUCGCACGCCUUUUGGUGAUGCCGGAGUGACGUCAUGCUCUGGCAUCACUGCUGUGUGCGCCGCAAUAAUGACUGCCGUGAUAAUUGAGGCGGGCGGUUGACGAAGGAGUACCCUCCCCUGCUUAGCUCCCUCGCUGCCCACCUCAGUUAUCGCAGCGGCCAUUUUGUUUUCUGAAAUUUUGAUGAAACCCCAUUUGUGUUCUUGCGGAACACCAAUUGGGAAACUCUGCUCUACAGCAACCCAGAAUACUAAGUUUUAUUAUUUCUCUUGUAUAAAAUAGUGAAACCAAUAUACAAACCAUGGCAUUAUAAAACAUACUAACACCACAGAACACUCAGAGGAGAGCUAGACAAAUGAGACAAUGCCGCCUAAGCCUUUCUCAAGAGAGGAUAGGGAUAUAUUAAUUUAAUGGGAGUUUGCGUAUGUGUAUAGUCUGCUUGUUUUGUAUCAGUGUGCUCUAUCACGCUGUCUGUUUAUUUUAAGCCAUAACCUAAAAUGUGAUGGUGACCAGGUUGCCAUAUUUAAAGAGGCAUUCUAAGCAUUACUUAUAUUGUUAGUAUGCCUCUUGCACCUGCCCCUGGUUUUGCCAAAAUGUUUGAGCAAAUUGACACAAACCGGGACUGCCUGUGGCCAAAACUAGAAUUCUGUUAUUGUCCCCAUGUAAGCAAACUGAAAUGUUUACUUUAAUUGGUAACUCACAGCUCCAUAUCUGCAUUCAAAGUUUGAUUUAAUUUUUAGUUUAGACCAUACAAUUUCUGCCAACUGAACCUGCAUAUUGAAUGCAGGGUACCUGGUGUGAUCACAUUGAUGCUAAGCCUCUGAUGCAAACUUCAACAGCAGCAAUGGAAACCAGUUCUCUUAAAUCAUUAAGGACCAAGCUUAAGUUUUUCCACUUAAAGGGACUCUAUUUGCACCCUGACCACUUUGUCUCAUUGAAUUAGCCUGAGUGCAGUGUCCCUGUCUUCUAUGCCCUGCAAUGUGAACCAUUGCAGUUUCAUAGAAACUCCCAGACAGCCACUAGAUGCACUUCCUGCUGUUUCACGGAGAUUAACUCUGUGAAGCAACACAGAGGACAUCAGCAUUUUUUUUUUAAAUCCCCAUAUGAAAGCAUUGACCCAAUAGCUACCUGUGGGAAAAGGCUAACGUGUGCCUGAGCAUUAUAAUCUACCCAUCAGCUGAGGAGCCUGGCCCAGCGCAGAGGGAAUUCUUGGUUCGAACUAGGCAGGUAUUAAAGGUUUAUUUUACUUCCAUGGCUGGGUUGGGGCUGCGAAGUCAGAAGGACAUUUUAGUGUUUGGAAUCCAGUUAUGUAUUCUUAACACUAUAGUUUUCUUUUGCUCUGUGUGUUCAACCACAAUUAACAUAUUUCCUAUUUAAUGCACCAACACUUUUUUUUUUUUUUUUGAAAAAGGGCUCUAAUUAUAUGUGACCUACAUAAAUUAGUUUGUUUGUUUUUUUUCUACAGAAUAAUGCAACAAAAAAGGGAAAAACACAUGUAUUUUUCGAACUACAGGGUACAAAAUACAAGGAGUAAAGUAAAUUUUAAUGUGGAUUUGAAUAUUUUUUCAGUUUUUUUUUUUUUCCUUCUGAUUUUUAAACACUUUGUCUUGUAAUUUUAAAGGGACACUAUAGUCACCAAAACAACUUUAGCUUAACCCCUUCAGACCGGAGGGCGUACUAUUAUGCCCUAUUAUAGGUGGCUCUAAACGCCGCCGGGCGUAAUAGUACGCCCUCCGGUCUUUCGGUACUUACCCAGUCGCCGGCGGUCCCACGCCGGCGAUUGCGGUGGGGGGGACUCCCAGGGAGCCCCCCGCGGCACGUCCGUCCUCCACGAAGCCCCCCGGCCGUGUGAGAGUGGGGUCCUUGCGAGGACCCCACAAUCACAUGGCCGGGGAUAGCUGGCUUCUGUAUUGCCAGCAGGGGGGCUGCCUGUAAUGACAGGUGAAAAUAAAAUUAAAAUAAGUUAAAAGUGUAAAAAAAAUAUAAAAAAUAAUAUAUACUUAGAUUAUUUAUAUAUAUAUAUAUAUAUCUAUAUAUCAAAUUACACGUAGACUGAUACUGAUUAAAUAUAUAUAAUUAUUGUUAUAUAUAUUUAUAUAUUAUAAAAAAUAUAUAUAUGUAAAUACGUUAAAAAAAUAAUAUAUAGAUGUGUUAUUUCGUUCUAACUGUAUUGUGAAAUUUAUAUAUAUAUAUAUCUCUAUAUCUCAAAAUACACGUAGAACGAAAUAAUAUAUACGUAUAUAUUUAUGUAUAUAGAUAAAUAUAUCAAUAUAUAUAUAUAUACCUAUAUAUAAAUAAAAAUAUUUUAAAAAAAUUAUAUAGAUAUAUUUCCCUUCCCCCCCCCUAGUCUUCUUCCCCUAGUCUUCCUUCCCCCAGCCUUCCUUCCUUCCCUUUCCCCAGUCUUCCCUUCCCCCAUGUCUUCCCCCCAGGUCUCCCUUAGUCUCUCCUCUUUCUUUCCCCCAGUCUUCCUUUCCCCCCAAUCUUCUCCCUUUUCCUCCCCCCACCCCCCUAGUCUUCCCUAAUUAACAUGUAAAUUCUCAAAAGUGCAAUCAAAACUGAUGGGCUGACUGAAUGAAAACCUGGUUGGUUGUCUUUGUAGUAAUACAAAGUAUUUACGGUGCUCAGACUGGCUCUUGUAAUUAUUUGUCAAAGCAUAAGAACAUUGGUAUGGAGCUGCACCCAAAUAAAUGGACUUGACUCGAGAAAUAGAACUAGAUGCAGAUUAAUGGAAUAUCACUCCCUCUAGUGGUAAGGAAAAAUAUAGAUCUAUCUCCAAAAGUGCUCCCAUACCUAGAAAGAUAAUUACUCUUUAAGUACAUAAUGUAAAAAAAAAACACCACCAUGUAUGACAUACAGAGUAAAAGUGCCUUAAACUAGAGCCACUUGUCAAAGACCAAGAAAUAAAAAAAAUUAAAAAAAAAAAAAAUAUAUAUAUAUAUAUAUAUACAUACAUACAUACAUACAUACACACUUUAAAAAAAAAAUAAAACAUUUAUUUUUAUAUCAGGAUUACAGGAUACGUAUACUCAAUACCACUAAUUCAGCUGAUUUCAGAGCAAUAAUACAUUUGAGAAAAUGACAGGGAGCAAAUCCAAACGUUUCAGCGCACUAUGGAGUUUCAUCAAGAGAUGAAUGUCCAUAGAUGUCACAAUCCUUUCAAUAGCUAUGCAAAUACCGCAAAAGAGUGAUCACGCAAGGGGAAUGGACCGGACCGUUCAUCCACUAAUCAGCUGGUGUCCGGUCAUCAGAACGGCAAACAGGCAUGGAAUUUACAUGCACAUGUCUAUAGAUAGUAUAAUAGAAAUUAUACAAAAAGCGUCUACUGGACAGGAAUCAUCGUCUGUACCCAUUGUUGGGAAUGAUCUGUCUGGGAACCAGUGAUUUGAUUGCCAAAGAUGGAAGUUUCCAAUCGGGCACAUGUGCAACCAGAGACGGGCAACCCAGCAUGUUUAUUGGGUCCAAGAUGGAAUCCCCUAAAGAAAAAUGGCAACAAGUAAUAUAUCAGUGACCACAUGCCAGGUGGGACAACAGUGAAGGUUCCUAUGCGUUGUGUACAUGGGUCUUCAGUAGGAGAAGCAUUGUGGAAGAAUAGUACAUAUUUGGAACUUGCAAUUCUCCACCAAUCCAGUUGCUUCUCAUAUAGAAGCCUUUGAAUCCACUAGAGUUCUAAGGAGCAAGUGCCUUUAGCGGCUGACGGUCACUAGAGCAGGCACUAGACCACCUUCGGCACUCCAGAUGUUUUGGACUACCUCCCAUGAUGCUUUGCCAGCAUUAUGGAGGGAUUUAGUCCACAACAUCUGGAGUGCCGAAGGUUGCCUAUCCCUGCACUAGAGGUAUGCUAGCCAAAUGUAAUAACUGCCUUUUUUCCAAAUAUCUACUUAUAAUCUCUUAUUAAAGAGGCGGUGUAUAUAUGCACAAAAACCACUACAUUAACAUGCAAUGGUUUGGUACUUAUUGUCCUUUUAUGCUAGAGUGCGUGCAUGAAAUCAUUAAACUUGCUUUCUACUUUACAAUAUUUUGUGUUUUUAUUGUUUUGUAAUAAAACACAGCUUGCUACAAUCUGGGUCUCUUCUGUUCAAGCCAGGAUUAAUUGCUGUGCAAUAUAGGAUUUCAAGUGGAAUGUUUCUGAGGGGAGAUUUACUUUCAAUAAACACUUAACACUAUACGGUCAGGAAUACAUGUUUGUGUUCCUGACCCUAUAGUGAUCCUUUAAGUAUGAAAAACGUGCUGAAUAAAAUUUCUCCUCAUAGGCCAUCAAUGGUGAUAAUUCCUUUUAUAUUGCAUACUUUCAGUGGACUUGUUAAACGAUAUAGUGUUCAACUCUACUUUUUUAAGAAUUCUUCUUCUUUAUGAGAAUCAACUUUAAUGUAAGGGAACUAUGUAGUGGUUUUGAUGCCUGAUUCUUUUAAAACUUGUAAAUUGGCUCAUCUACAUACAGCACUUAAAGGGACACUGUAGUCACUAUAAGCAUUUAAUCUCUUUGAAUUGGUUAUAGUGCCUGGAGUGGCCUGGCACUGUCCCUCCAUUCAGUGUUGCACCAUGUUCGUGCAGUAUGCCACAAAAUAAGAAUCACUGGCCACCCACAGCCCGGCCCCUUCAGUAUGUGUAGCGAAGGCCGAGAUUACACACUUCCUUGUUGUCAUACCCAUUCACACCGUCAGUUGGAACUCUGACAGGCUAAAAGCAGUCAGCGGACACUCUCAGCCAAUCACAGUUGCCAAUUGCUGCUCAGGCUAAUACUUCCUUAUUGGCCAAAGCAGCACAGAGGGGAUGGAUUGCCGGGGACUCUUGUUUAGCAUUAAAACAUUAAACGUUUAAAAACUGUUUAAUGCUGAAAGAAAUGAUGGUACCAGAGUACUCCAGACACUAUAACCAGUUUAAUGAGAUUAAGCAGAUACAGUGCCUACGUUGUGUCCCUUUAAAGGAACAAUAUAGCCAUCAGAACCGCUACAGCUUAGUAACCCCUCUAGGUGCAGUCACUCAUACGACCACUAGAAUUGCUUCCAGUUUCAGUGCUGCACUGUGUGCGGCACCUACAUUGUGUCUCCACAUUGAUUCAAUGCAUAUUUAUGAGGAGAUGCUGAUUAACACAUUCAUGGAUAUCAUUAAGACUGAUCUCAGACAUGGAGGUGGGUAAGUAAAAUACCAUUUAUGUCCAAUCUGAGUGGGGGCCAGGUACCUAAACUGCUACUCCAACAGAAUUGUGUUCUUUUAAUGUAUUUUAACUACGUGGAUAACAAGUACACUUCUCGGUAUUGACCAAUUUAAAUUCUGUUACAUCCACAGAGAUAUCAGAUGAGAAUGGCAAAUCCCAGCGUGUGAUUAAGGAUGAAGAUGAUGCAUUUCUUCUCAAGAAGAUCAAGAAAAAAAAGAAAAAGAAGCACAGAGAUGAUCUGCGUGGAAGGCGGCUGAAAAUGUACAACAAGGAGGUUCAGACUCUUUGUGCUGGACUGACCCGUAUUAACCAGGAAACAUUGGAUCAAGAGGGUAGUCGGGUGGAAGAAAAUAAGGAGUCAUGCAGAUACUUGCAGGAUGAGAAGCUAUGUCGCUCUGACUUGGGUACUGAAGAAUACAGAGUUCCACAGGAAGUUCAGAUGCCCUUUGCUUCUCAUCAAGAGCACUGCAUCCGUACCAGCACAUUACAUACAGGGUCCAAGUUCAGCAGAUUAAUGCACGAAGAGAAUCAAUCAAAUGGGGGUGCCCCUGUUUUGCAUGCUUACAUGGAUGAACUCUCCUUUUUAUCUCCUGUGGAGAUGGAGAGGUUUGCUGAGGAGUUCCUGGAACGGACUUUUGGAGAGAAGGAUAAAAAUGCUGCAUAUUAUGCGCUGGCUAUUGUUCAUGGAGCUGCAGCAUAUUUACCAGACUUUCUGGAUUACUUUGCUUUUAAUUUUCCAAACACUCCUGUGAAAAUGGAGAUCCUGGGCAAGAAAGAUAUCGAGACGACAACCAUUGCUAACUUUCAUGCACAGGUAUGUUCUCUUUUAAACCCUUUAGUAACAAAUGUAAACAGCAAACUUUUUUAUUGUAAAUUGCUUUUUGGUGCUGAUUGGUAUUGUGAGAAGCUGUCAUUGGCUGUUCUUCCUGCUUAAUCACGCACAAGGCAACAACGUUUAUAUCACAGUGCCUGUAACACACUGCGCAGGGUGCUUGUAAAUGUGUCUGACAUCACGCAAUGUGAUUAAGCGUCACUAAUUCAGUGGUGUGUGUCACUCUGGCAGACUGAUUUUGUAUAGUACACAGACGCCACUAGUUUUCUACCUUUAAAGGACCACUCUAGGCACCCAGACCACUUCAGCUUAAUGAAGUGGUCUGGGUGCCAGGUCCCUCUAGGAUUAACCCUUUUUUUUUUAUAAACAUAGCAGUUUCAGAGAAACUGCUAUGUUUAUAAAUGGGUUAAUCCAGCCUCUAAAGCCUCUAGUGGCUGUCUCAAUGAAUGCUUUCCUAUGAGACUGGCUGAAUGCGUGCGCAGCUCCUGCCGCGCAUGCACAUUCAGCCGAAGGAGAGGAGGAGGAGAGCUCCCCUCCCGGUGCUGGGGAAAAAAGGUAAGAUUUAACACUUUCCUCGCUAUCCAGCCCGGCGGGAGGGGGUCCCUGAGGGUGGGGGUACCCUCAGGGAACUAUAGUGCCGGGAAAACGAGUACCUUAUAUACUCGAGUAUAAGCCAACCUGAAUAUAAGCCGAGGCCCCUAAUUUUACCACAAAAAAACUGGGAAAACUUAUUGACUCGAGUAUAAGCCUAGGGUGGGAAAUGCAGCAGCUACUGGUAAAUUUCUAAAUUAAAUUAGAUCCCAAUAAAAUUACAUUAAUUGAAUAUUUAUUUACAGUGUGUGUAUAGAAUGAAUGCAGAGUGUGUGUGUAUAGAAUGAAUGCAGUGUGUGUGUGUGUGUGUGUAUAGAAUGAAUGCAGUGUGUGUGUGUGUGUGUAUAGAAUGAAUGCAGAGUGUGUGUGUAUAGAAUGAAUGCAGUGUGUGUGUGUGUGUGUGUAUAGAAUGAAUGCUGUGUGUGUGUGUAUAGAAUGAAUGCAGUGUGUGUGUGUAUAGAAUGAAUGCAGUGUGUGUGUGUGUGUGUGUGUAUAGAAUGAAUGCAGUGUGUGUGUGUAUAGAAUGAAUGCAGUGUGUGUGUAUAGAAUGAAUGCAGUGUGUGUGUGUGUGUAUAGAAUGAAUGCAGUGUGUGUGUGUGUAUAGAAUGAAUGCAGUGUGUGUGUGUGUGUGUGUAAACUGGGUGAGGGGAGGGCAUUUUUAUUUAAAUUUUUUUAUUAUAUUAUUUUAAUAUUAUAUUAUUAUUAUUAUUAUUUUAAUAUUUAUUUGCAUUCUUUUUUAAUGUUUUUUUUUUGUCCCCCCCUCCCUGCUUGUUGCCUGGUCAGGGAGGGGGGACAAAAAAACAUUUUUUUAAAAAAAUAAUGCAAAUAUUAAAAUAUAAUAUUAAAAUAUUAUUUUAUUAUUAUUUUAAUAUUUGCAUUAUUUUUUUUUAAAAAUUGUUUUUUGUCCCCUCUCCCUGACCAGGCAACAAGCAGGGAGGGGGGACAAAAAAAAAUAAAAAUAAUGCAAAUAUUAAAAAUAAUAUAAUUGUAAUGAGCCUGGCUGUACUGGUCUGUAUUAUGGCAAUGUAAAUUGCCAUAAUACAGACCUUGACUCGAGUAUAAGCCGAGUUGGGGUUUUUCAGCACAAAUAAUGUGCUGGAAAAACUCUGCUUAUACUCGAGUAUAUACGGUAUGUUUUCCUGGCACUAUAGUGGUCCUUUAAAUUAGAGGUGGUCCACAGAAUGUACCUUGGCAUCCCUGGGGCUAGCAGGGAACCUGUUCUUGCUGUUGGAAGACCUGUAAAAGCUGAAGAAAAACCUCUUUGUUACUAUUGUGGAAUUAGGUUUCAUCGUAUGCUUAAAAUGAAUCACUACAUUGGAAAGGACCGUAUUUAUCGUUCUUUCUUUAAAAUGUUUUUGAGAGCUUAUAUUGACCCUGUGUCAGAUUUUGACCUGUUCAUUCAAAUCCAGCACAUUUUAAUGAAACUUAAAAUAAUGCGGAGGUAAAAAUUCUACCGUGUAAGUGCAGCAAAGAGGGUGCUUUUCUUGGGAAAAGCCACAGUUUGUCAGGACUGGGGGCUGGCACCAGCUUGCUUUAGUGAUAUUUUCGCUUUGAGUGCCUCUUUAAAUGUCUGCAGUCUCUCUAUUGUGGACCCAUAUUCUGGGGGGGGGGGGGUUUGUUUUGCAUCCUAAUCUUUAUAGUUUUUUUUUGAACGCUCAAAUCUUAGUUUUAUCACUAAAUAAGUAAAUGUUGUUUUUGCAGAAUGCUACACCUUAAGCCUGGAUCUAUAUAGCUGCAGGUCUCGUGCCAGAAAGCCAUCCUUUUCAAAGGAAUGCACAUAGCUCAGCCCAAACUGCACUCACGAGUAGUGAUAUCAGUACUAUAUAAUUCACUGGCUACCCUCUCCUCCUAAUGCAGGUUGUUCAGAUUAUUCAGUACUGUCAAUGGCUGAGCUGUGCGCAUAUCCUUUUUAUUUAUUUAUUUUAUUUUGGAUAAGGAAGUAUUUCUGGAGUACGGGAUGUACCUAAAGGUUCUGGCUUAUGGUGCAGCUUUCUUUAAAGUCUGCAUGACGUAGUUGUGGUGGUGAAACUGUUAAUGCACACUAUUUGUCUGCACUAGACCGGAAAAUAAUGGUAAAAUCCCCCUUAACACCACCCACACUUAAGCAUAAUAUAAAUAUUACCCCUACAUAGCUUUAUAUAUCUAACUAGAAAGCUACAAUUUCUGGGGAAAUUGUGUGAAGUGUUCUUGCCUCCACCAGUAGUCUACAACUGGAGUGGGCGGAGUAACUGUUAUCAUUUAUAUAGCACAUUUAAUUGCAACGUUGUUGCACAGUUACAUUAAACCAUACAUUUAUAACAACAUUAGCAGGUGUUCAAAAGGCCCUGUCUAUGACAUCACUUGCUGCUGCAGGUCAGAGUAUUUAUAUUGUGAGAAUCACAAGACAAAGACCUACAUUUUGAUGCAUAGUAUGUCUCUGAAGUAUUAAAAAUGAAGGCACAGUCGCAGUUUAGAAAUUGCACUUCAUAUUUGAGCUUUGCAGAGUGAAGUUUCAAUGAAUGUCAAUGGACGGCAUUAGUUGCAAACAAAUGAUUAUAUUGUGAAAACUAUCAGGACUAUGGCUUAGCCGUUGACAUGUUUAGUGGUAGCAGGGAUAGCUGAACGUUUUGAUAUAAGAUUUGUGUAGGUGGGCCUGAAAAUAAGGGAGUGGUGGCAGUUUAGAAAUCAUGUCCUGAUUUUUCAGCUUUUGCCAGCUCCCACUCUAGCUUUGCCAUUCAUUCCUAUGGGACAAAUUUUGCCACAAGAACGACGAUAUUCCGUGAACCAUUCGGCCAAACGUUCCACAAAGUAAUAGCAAUCCGAUCGGGAACAAUCUGCACGUUUUGGUAAAUGUUUGUUUGUCUAUGUAGUGUAAAAACUGUGGGAGGAGUUAGGGUGGCAAAUUUGGCUAUAAUAAUAUAUAUGUGAGAUAACAAGUGGUCUUGCUAUGCAAGAACACUUAAUAAUAUAUAUGUGAGAUAACAUUAAGUGGUCUUGCUAUGCAAGAACACUUAAUUAACCCCUACAUUGCCUGUAUGUUCAGGGGUGAGAGAUUUAUAAGGCUGUUUGCAGAAUGUAUUCUGCUGUCACGUGUAAGGGAGUAUCAUUGUUAGAAUUGGUAGCUAUGUACUAGGUUAUGUGAAUAUGGUAUUAUUCAUAACUGUUAAAUUAUGGAUAAAUGGUGUAAAAUUAAAUGUAGGGAUGCGCCGAAACAAGAUAGACCCAUUUUCAGCAGAAAAUUUCGGUGCAUCCCUACCUUUAAUUUUACACCAUUUAUCCAUAAUUUAACAAUUAUGUAUAAUUGCAAGCAUGCAUGUCUAUUAAACUAUGCACUACAAAUUUUUAUAUAUAUAUAUAUAUAUAUAUAAUUUUUUUUUUUUUUUGUAGUGCAUAGUUUAAUAGACAUGCUUGCAUUAAGAAUUCUGAUGAUGAUAGAUCACAAUGAAAGAUAGUUCCAACUACGACAAUGACCAUAUUUAAAAAAAAAAAUCUGAGAGCAGCUAACCAAGACUUUAAAAACUACUAUAUUAAAACACUGCUAUGAGAUUAGUAAACUAAAUCUCAUAUCUCAUCAUUUAGGACAUCUGAGGAAACACUAGAAUAUAAUAUAUUUAAACAUCUAUCUGUUCUAAUAACACAAGCAUAUUUACAAAGAUUUGUGAGAGUAGCAAACUACUCACUUAUUUCAUCAUAAAACAUUAAAAGAAACUUUUAAACUUUCAUUUAUUGAUUUCUGUCCACUCCAGACAAGUAAUGAAAGGGUUAACCAAAAUCAACAUCAUCUUUAGAUAAGCCUCAGGAUAGCUAUCAUUGGUUAACACAGAAAUCCUCAACCAAUCCCUAACGAUUCUAACAUUUAAAUACACCAAUACUUGCCUAUGUCUGGUUACCAUCUGAGCUAAGCUGGCGAAAUGCGCGCAUCAGGGGCUUAGGACGCUUACUUGAAACAUUAGUGGUGCCGGUUUUUCACUCUCCGCGAUCCUUAACGGCUAAUCGACACUAUAAUACUAUAGCGUCUGUAAGUCAAGAAGCUGACUGUCCUUUAUUGGUGGAAUGCCUUUCUCUUCCUACCACUCAGCAAAAUAGUUUAUUUUCUAUCAGCAGCAUUAGUAGAAGGGGAGGGUUUAGAAACAAAUUUUUAUUAAAGGACCACUCUAGGCACCCAGACCACUUCAGCUUAAUGAAGUGGUCUGGGUGCCUGGUCCUUCUAGGGUUAACCCAUUUUUUUCAUAAACAUAGCAGUUUCAGAGAAACUGCUAUGUUUAUGAAUGGGUUAAGCCUUCCCCUAUUUCCUCUAGUGGCUGUCUCAUUGACAGCCACUAGAGGCGCUUGCGUGCUUCUCACUGUGAUUUUCACAGUGAGAGCACGCCAGCGUCCAUAGGAAAGCAUUAUGAAUGCUUUCCUAUGUGACCGGCUGAAUGUGCGCGCAGCUCUUGCCGCGCGUGCGCAUUCCGCCGACGAGGAGGAUCGUAGGAGGAGAGCUCUCCGCCCAGCGCUGGAAAAAAGGUAAGUUUUAACCCCUUUCCCACUUCCAGAGCCAGGCGGGUGGGGGUCCCUGAGGGUGGGGGCAACCUUAGGGCACCAUAGUGCCAGGAAAACAAGUGUUUUCCUGGCACUAUAGUGGUCCUUUAAGGGGUGCCCUCAAAGGCACUAGUGAUCCUUACUGCUAGCUUAGUAGCUUGUAUUUACGAGGAUCCAGUUAUAUUUUUUUUUUUUUUUUUUUUUUUAUACCCCUCUCACGAAGAAAUGACACACUUAUAGGUAGUAAUGUUUUGCUUUUCUGUUCUUCAGGUAACUUGAUUCUUUACCAGACAAAGGCAGAACUUAAUAAAGAGAUUUAUUAUGAGCAAAAAAUAGUCACAGUGCAUACAAAAAUUAUAGAUGAUAAAUUAUUUACACCAACAACAGAUAAAAACACAAGGGAUAAAACAACAGAAGUCCUAAUCACUUACUCAGCUUUUUAAAGUAAAACUUCUGGCCCAGGGGGUCUCUGGUAAGAAAGAUGGUGACUUACUUAGAAUUAGAUUCUGGCCCCUCAAGCAAGUACAAUGCACUCUUCAGUAUCAUCAUUGGAGAUCUACCCUGUGGAUUAAGGCGUAUCUAUAGACACCAUAAGUGACCACCCCCUUGUGUCCCAGACCAAAAGGAAUCCAAAUAGAAACACUUCCUUCUAUCUCCUCUUUCGUACUUGACACAGAAAUAAUUGCCUCUAUGAAUUUACCAUUUCUGCAUUCCAUAGAUAUGUCACACUUCUUACUUAAGUAAUGCCAAUCCUGUUUGGGCUUGUUUGGAAGAUGGCGCCUGCCACAUUCCAAAUAUAACAAAUAUGAGGCUUAAUUAUUAAUCUGUGGGUAAAUAUUAAAGUUUCUUUCUUUUGGAUAUGAUUCUGAAACACGAGGCUUGGUUGUUUUUUUGUUUGUUUUUUUUGGGGGGGGGGAGGAGAGGGGGAGAAUUCUUGAAAGCUAAUGAUCAUUAACAUAUCAGUGAAAUCCACUAGUCAAUUAAAAGGUAGAGGCCAUAUGGCUGAAAAGAGAGUUUACAUUGGAGCUAGACUUCCAGGCCACUUAUGUGUGACUUCUAACACCUUACAGAGCCUUUGAUUAAAGGGACUCUCCAGUGCCAAGAAAACAAACCGCCCUCCCACCUCUCAUCCCAGGUUGCUGAGGGGGUUAACCCCUUCAUUGACUUACCUGUAUCCAGCGCCGAUGUCCCUUGGCUCUGGGUCAGCCUCUGCCAACUCUCCUCCCCCGCCGGCGGGGGAGACCUAAUGCGCGGCAAUUGCCGCACGCACUACACAGCCCCAUAGGAAUGCUUUUCUUUGGGGAUUCCGGCGGCGCUGGAGAUCUUCAUGCAUUGCGUGAGGACGUCCAGCAUCUCUUAAAACAGUGUUUUAAGAACCCGAAAGCUCUUCUAGAGGCUUUCACAUAGACAGCCACUAGAGGAGGACUUAACCCUGUUAGUCAAUUAGUGUAGUUUAUGAAAAACUGCACUAAUUACACUUGCAGGGUUAAGGGUAGUGGGAGUUGGCACCCAGACCACUGCAAUGGGCAGGAGUGGUCUGGGUGCCUGGAGUGUCUCUUUAAUCAAGGGAUCAAUAAUCUGCAAACAAUCUGCCCCCUUUUACAUUCCUAUGCAAUUCACACUACCCCUUCUGUCAUCCUUGCAACCAAGUGGCCAAUUCAUAUCUGCACUCAGUGGCGGAUCCUGGCGAGGGGGGGCAACCUCGCUUGCCUUGAAUACUAUGUAUCGUACCUGUUCAAGGUUUUACCAUUCUGGAAACAUAGAUUAAACUAGCAAGGGCUGAGCCCAACAAUAUGUCUCGCUCUAUAUGCCUUAAAAAUAGAUCUUGGCUCAGAUCUUGCAUAGCUGGCUAGCACAUGACGGCAUACCUGUAAGCCACAGUUGUACCAGUUAUUGACCAUAUUUGCAUCACAGUACUCCAGCUCCCAGUUGGCCUCAUAUCUAGAAAUCCUCCCCCUCCCUGGAUACAUAAUCUAGUUGACGUUUAUCGUAUGGAUUGGUUUCUGGGUUCAAUAGAAAAAGUUUCUUACUUGUCUGCUUGUAUUUGAAAAUUUGGUUUAAAAAUCCGAUUGUCUUCAAGAUACUAUACACUACCAAGAAUCUAGAUAAGAAUGGUUGUACUUUUGUCUGGUUCUAAAUUUUACAUGGAAUAAAAUUCUGUUGCCAGUGUUUGAAUGUAAACUUUUUUUGCCUACAGUUUCUGGUAUCAAAGUGGAGGGGGGAGGGAUGGUAAAUGUCUCGUUUAAGGCUUAACGUUUCAAGUUCUACACUACUAGUCAUGUCUUAAUGGGGUUAUAUCUAAAAAACGCUUGCAAGCCUUCCCCCUUCUUCCCCAGCCCACACCUUUUCUGUGUAUGUCCAAUCACAAACUUCCCAAUGCAACUCAGUGAGCUGACUUUGCAAGGCAGAUGCUGUGGGCAAUUCCUGCCUCUUGAGUUUAGCUCCACUGAGAAACAACCAGGAAGUAACAACUUUGUCUGUUUUGAACACAUGGAAGUGCAACAAGGUUAAUUUAUAAAAGUGCCAACUUCUAUUGUAAUCUGCACUUUUUGUAAAAUAAGAAUGUGCUCUAUACACCCAUCGCAUUGCAGCCACCUAAAGUUCUUUAGGACUCAGUUUUUAAGUUACUCGACACUUGUCACUCACUAAUGGCUCACUCACCUAAAGUGGAAAUUUUAAGAUGUGAGUUUUCAGAUUGUCACUAGAUGGUGCUAGACUCUUUUCUUGCGCAUACCUCUUUUUAUGAAAUAACCAAAAAUGGUCGUCUUACUUGCCAUUUUUCUGCUUUUCUGUCAAGUUCUGGUCAAUGCCUUGCCUUCCAAAAAAAGUAAAAAUUUAACACCAAAGAACUUAAACUGAAACCAUAACCAAUUUAAAAAUUGCUACUAUGUCUGCUACUUUUACCUUGCAAUUUAAAGUCCCUUUUGGUUUAAUCACUAAACACCAGAUUAUUUUUCCAAACUGACGAAAUAUGGCAAAAAUUAAAUACUUCCAACCGUGUUGGCAAUUUGCAGAUUUAUUAAAGCCAAAUACAGUCAGGAAUCUGUAACAUUCAUUCAGAAAAUCUUAUAUUGAUUUAAUCAGAUUUUUAUUAGUGGCCACAUGGCGGCUGAUAAAACAAAUGCAUGUGGAUGAUAAUAUGAAAUCAGUUUGCCAGUUUACCACUCUAGCUGGGCAAAUUAAGAGAAGAAAAAAAAAUUGAAAUCCUGUUGCGGGUUAAAUCUGUGGUGGCCAACCAGCACUUGCUAGUCAUCUGCCACAUGGAAAUGGUGACAUAAUCUAAAAUCCUAUGGGAAGUUGUAAACCUCCAGAUGCUCCCACAUGCCAUCUGACCGGUGAGGGCGUGUCUACUAAACAUUAAAAAUUAUCAACUUGCUAUCUGCUUUUUGUUUACCAAGUUUUUCUCUGGUGCUUGUUACAGGUGAACAGGACAUAUUGCUGUGGCACAUACAGAGCAGGUCCAAUGCGGCAAAUUAGUUUAGUUGGAGCUGUUGAUGAAGAGGUUGGAGACUUUUUCCCAGAGUUUCUGGAUAUGUUGGAAGAAUCACCAUUUUUAAAAGUAAGUGUCCUCAAGUAAGUGUGUGUGUGUGUGUGUUUUUCUAACUUCAAUGUCUCUCUAGAAUCGCCCUUUAAUUCUAUAUUGCUGAAAUGUUCCAAUAGAAACAUGAUUCAGAAAUAUGUGAUGGGCCAAAACAAUUUGCAUAAUGAAGCCUUGGCACUGUGGGUCGAUAAGAAAAGUUAAAUACAUUAAGCUCAGAAAUGAAGGAGCCUGUUAUUGCCAACCUACAGUGCCCAGGUUGCUCUACGCAAGUUAUUUCACUUUAUAUUUCUAUAUGAUGUAUUUCUUUUCUUUGCAUUUUAGCAAAUGAAAUAGAGGCUGAUUUUAUUUCUUUCUAAAAUCUAGUGGUAUAGACUCUUCAGAACACCACUUGUUUUCCUUGCACACCAUUCUGACUGAUGGCACUGGGAGGAAUGAAUUUGAUAAGUGAAGCCCUGAAUUAUUUUCUGCUGAAACCUGUAGUACCCUGUUGUCUUAUUCAUGUAUUUGUGGGUGUAUUUUCUCUCCCCAUCUGGGGGGCUGCAGGGGAAUGUUUAUUCUUCAAUGUCUGAGUGUCCCCUGUAGUAUCUUAGCUGUAUCUAAAACUGCACUCUUCUGGAUGUCCCACCUGGAAUUUGUUGAAGCUACUCCCACACUUGGGAGUCACAGCCCAGAGUGCUCCAAUGACAACUGGGACUACUACUGCCUUCACUUUCCACAUCCUUUCUAGUUCUUAUUUCAGUCCUUUUGUAUUUGUCCAUCUUCUCAUGUUCCUUCUUCCUGAUGUUAUGGUCACUGGGUAUUGCCACAUCCACCACCACUGCAGUCUUCUGUUACUUUUCUACCUCCAUGAUGUCAUCUUGGUUGGUCAGUAUUUGCUUGUCUGUCUGGAAGUCCCACAGGAUCUUAGCCCUGUCCUACUCAACUAACCUUUGUUGUAUCUCCAUCUGGACUUAUACACUCUACGAGUCUACACUAUUCCAGCAACAUGGUUGUGUCUCUCCGUGUAUGCUGUUCCUGCUAACAUCUUUCAACAGGCCACUAUGUGGUGGAUUGUCUCAGAGGCCUCUUUGCACAGUCUGCACCUUGGGUCUUACUUGGUGUGGUAGACCCUCGCUUCUGUUGAUCUGGUGUGGAGUGCCUGUUCCUGUCCUGCUAGGAUUAAUGUCUGUCCUGUCUUUUCCAACCACUGGUAGGAUUUUGUCAUGUGAGCCACAUCCACAAUUUGCUGGUUAUCCACUCUAUGGAGAGGUUUGUCUUGCCAACUUUUUUUUUUUUUUUCCCCAACAUUUAUAUUUCUUCUCUCAGACUGGGCCCACACAGUUAAAAAUCUAAGUUGUGUAAUAGUUUUUUUUUUAUUCUUUAUCAAGUCAUGCUUAAACAUUGAAAACGGUGUGAAAGGCGCUCGCUACAGUAUUACACAGCAUGAUUGUGGGCAGCAGUAACCAAUACAAGGAUUCCCCGCCUUGUGAAUGAUAAAGUGUCAAAGAAAAUAGGAGACCGCGCCCCAAGCAAUAUAUAAAAUUCUAUACAUACACAGAUCUUUUUAGAGUUGUAUACACAAUUGAACUCAAAGAUAAAAACAGAGAAAUACAAUAGUGCAUUAUGGUAUAUUCAGUGAGAUACUGAGAUAAUCUUAUGCGAUAUCACUCACAUUUGAUAGAGCUAUCUUAGAGCUCUGCUGUAAUGUGCACGGCGGAACAAUCCCAGUCUAAGGAUAUAUGUGGAAGAAGACGUCUCUGGUAUCUCAAAUAGGAUGCGAUAUGCAGUGGAUAUGUAAAAACACAAAAUAAUGCUCCAAUAGUGAAGUAAGUACCAUAAAAUAUAAAAAAGAAAGUAAUGUACUCACAUUUACUAGAGCAGAACUUGCUCUAGUGUAUACAGCAUGGGUGCUAUAAUCCCCACCUAGGGAUAUGAUGGUGCCAGGAAGUAAAAAUGUAGAUUAAAAAAUGAGUAUAUAAAUGUAAAAUAUACUAUUUAAACAAAAACUAUAAAAACAAUGUUAAGUAGCUUCAAAGGAUCCCACUUUUCACGUUUCACCUAUUACGGAAAGGAGAGGGGGGAGGAGAGUGAAGGUGGUCUACCACAGUCGGGGGGAUGGGAAGGUUCAUUGGCGUGUUUCAGCACCCUUCAACGGUUAGUAUAGUCCUCCCAGGGUUUCCAGGUUUUGAGAAAUUGUGGAUAUGUGUCUCAGACUUGUGCCGUAAGUUUGUCCAUGAGGUGUGCCUCCUUACUAUUGCAGUUGACUGUCGUUUUGUGGCAUGUCUUCUCUCCCCCUUUUAAAAGUAUAGUUUUCAUGUUUAUUCCUCAGUUUAGAGGUUUUUAAAAUUCUUCAUGCUGUGUAUAGUCUCACUAUAUACAUGAUACAUGUUUUCUCAUGCACUCUGAGUCCUAGACUGCUUUUUUCUAAUUCUUGAAUUUGAUCAAAUAUCCAUGAUGUAUUUCUUUAAAGGGACACUAUAGUCACCAGAACAACUAUAGCUUAAUGUAGUUGUUCUGGUGAGUAUAAUCAUUAUAUGCAUGCAUUUUCAUGCAAACACUGCCUUUUCAGAGAAAAGACCUUGUUUACUUUGCCCCUACGGACACCUCCAAGUGGCCACUCCUCAGAUGGCCACUGGAGGUGCUUCUUGGCUCAGUGCUGCACAGUAGCCAGCUCUGCCGUUCAACGCCCCCAUGGCUGAAUUUUCCUCAUAGAUUCAAUGCAUAUCUAUGAGUAGGUGCUGAUUGGCCAAAACUGCAUUUGGCCCCGCCCCUUGCCGAUUUUAGCCAAUGCAAUGCUUUUAGAGCAUUGGACUGGCUAAUAAGCAAUUCUAAUGUCACAAAGGGGACGGGGACAAGUGCUGGCAGACCUGCACGGCGCUGGAAAUGGGAGUUUUUCGUGCUUUUAAGGGGGCUAACGGUGGGAGGGGGGGGGAAGGGCAAGCCACCUUAACGAUGGGUUUAGCACUAAACGCUCAGGAAUACAUGUUUGUGUUCCUGACCCUAUAUUGUUCCUUUAACAAAAUGUGUAGUUUCGAGUCUUACUAUACUAAACUGGCUUUGACAAAAUCUAAGCUAAAUGGAAAUGUGCAUGGAGCUAUGCUCUAUUAAGAGACUUGUCACUGUAAGUAUUUCUGAACCUGAUGGUCGGCAUGAACAAGCUUCAAGUGAUCUUAAUGUAAUAGUCUGGGAAAUGCUACUUGGAGAGGUCUUAGAUGAUAUUCCACAAAUGGAACUCUGUAUAAAGAGGCCACAAAGAGUCCUACAGCCUUCAGUGUUCAUCUUUCUGUGACCAUUCAGGCCCAGGCCCAGGCAGAACAUAUCUUCGUUCUGACUUAGCACUUUGCCAGUGUAACCAAGCCUGAAUAUGGUUAAAAUAAAUAAAUAAACCCAAGAAACAAAAUUAAAAAAAUAAAUUCAAGCAUACAUCUGUGGGUAAAAUGCACUCAGAGUUGUGGUCCUUUUGAGGACCUUACAGCCUAGUGAUUUUCACAGUGAGAAAGAAGCACGCAAGUGCCUCUAGCGGCUGUCAAUGAGACAGCCACUAGAGGAUUUGGAGGCUGGAUUAACCCAUUUAGAAACAUAGCAGUUUCUCUGAAACUAUGUUUAUAGAAAAAGGGGUUAAUCCUAGAGGGACCUGGCACCCAGACCACUUCAUUAAGCUGAAGUGGUCUGGGUGCCUAGAGUGGUCCUUUAACUGGGCUGAGUGCAAUAUUGAAGGGGCUGCUAGUUUAGUCUAUUAAAUAAAUACAGGUGAGGGUUUUUUGUUUUUUGUUUCCUCCCCCCCGCCCCCCCCUUUGUAUUUCCUUAUUAGAAAAAGCUUUAGUGCCACUUAAAACCAACAUAGGACACGUGUAAAUUUUCAGCAUUGAGUGCUUGCAACUGAUUGUUUUUGGAGCCUGGCUUUCUCCAUAAAUUCUAUACAUGGCAAGGUUUAUUUAAGUUGAAGUAUGUGAUUAUACAUAUUGGUAAUACCUAUUGUACUUUAAUGUAGUUCAUAUUUCUCAUAUCAUUUUACGGUCACCUUAAAUAUGCAUUCACAGGCUUGGGGGAUAUUUAUGGGGUGAAAAAUCUCUGUAAAAGGUUGCGAAACACGUUCAUGACAUUUAGUGCACAACAUCCUGCAGUACGUUGUUUCUCAGAUUAGAUCUGUGCUGACUGCAUAGCACGGAAAUUAAUGCUGUCAAGUGUAACAGUGCUUCUAGUGAACAAAGUUCUAUUUGCUUUGCCAGCUAAUCCAUUCUCCGUUCUUACUUUGGAGUAAUGUUAUGCUUUUCACUUCGAGUCCUAAUCCUUAUCACUUGUAUAGGAAAUCUCUUCUGCGCAUAGUUUCCGUUUUUUGUUUCUGUUGCCCUUCAUUAUACACAUUCCCUUAUGUAAUCUCUACAGUUUGGGGAGACAAAAAAAACUUUAUCCUUUCAUGUGUAAUUUUUGUUUUUUUUUGUUUUUGUUAUAUAGUGACCGUUUUAAAGAAGUAUUAAACUUAUUCAGUAUGUUGAACUAACUACUUUGUAUCUGUUUUAAGAAUUUCAUUUGUACUUUGCUAUUCAGUACAGAGCUGUUAACUGCUGCAGUUGUCUACAUUCCCACAUUGUAUAGUUUGCAGUUCUCAUUGGAAUAUAGAAGUCAUUCUAGAUUGGUUCUGUUUUAUUGGCUUUUAUUUAUACAUGAUAUCUUUUUACAUUUUCCAGUUGUGGCUUUUUUAUUUUAUUUUAUUUUUUAAUUUGGUUGUUUGGUGCCUACAGAUGACGUUGCCUUGGGGAACCAUGUCUACACUUAAACUCCAGUGCAGAUCACAAAGUGAUGAUGGCCCAAUUAUGUGGGUGAGACCAGGGGAACAAAUGAUUCCUACUGCAGACAUGCCAAAAUCCCCAUUCAAACGCAGAAGGUAAGACUGGUCAAGCUUGGAAUUCUUUGCUGUAUAUUAUCCAUAUCCUUUUCUCCACUGCUUUGCCCCAAACCGGACAGGUGGUACCCAAUAACCAGGUCCUAAAUAGUUCUAUAUGUCCCUGUAUGUCUUCCAAAAUCUCAAAACCCUUCCUACUGCUCUCAAUAAUAAUAAAGUGAGCAUACAGCUGCACUCUUUGCACCAUAACCACUACAUUGUGCAUGUGUUAGUGAUUAUGGUGCCAGGCAUUCACUAUCCCUAUUCUUAGGAGUUAAACUUUCUUUUUUUUUUUUUUUUUUGUAAGAGCAGUUUCUUAUUACAUGGGACUUGCCUGGCGCUGCUCCCAGCCUCCACUACUUACAGUAGUGAUUAUGGUGCAUGCAAUGUUUCUAUAAAUAAAGAAAUAAAAUAUACCAGACGCAACAAAAUCUAAGUUGUAAAAUAGGCUCAAGAAUGAAGAGUUCUUAAACUGGCAUGGCUUUUUAUGUCACUGCCAAAUUAAAUCCUAAUAAUCUGAUCACAAAGUAUGAUGAGACAAGUCUCAGUCCCACAAGAUAUGCCUGUUAAACUGGAAGCAUAGCUACCUUCUACCUAUAACCCCCUAUCUUCUGGAAGCAUAGCUGACUUGGAGAAUUUUCCAAGUUUGGGUUUAUUUUUAAAAAAUUUUGGCAUUAAAUUUUAAAAUUCACUUUGCAUUCCCAACAAUUCUCCCUUUAGUAAAUAGACCUAGACCUGUCAGUCGUGCUCUGUCACUGAAAGGAUUACAUUCAACCCUUUAAUGCAUGUAGUUGCAUAUAUAUAUUCUAGUUACUAAAUAAAGAAUUUAACAUACGGCCCAAAAAAAGUGUAACGCGUAAUAUUUAAACAUGCACUACUGAUGUGUAAAGAAAUGAGGCAGUGAAGGCGUUUUGAGUGUUGAUCGAGAGAAUUUUAUGGAGCAUGACCGUAUCCUUUUUGGGGUUAGACUGAUUAUCGGUUCAGCCUAUAUUCCGGAUUUUGGCAAAUAUCAGUAUCUGCCACUUUAUACCGAUAAUGUGAGAGGUGCUGGUGGCGCAGGGCCGGCGCGUCUAUAGGGCGGCACAGGCGGCUGCCUUGGGGUGCACAGUUUAUGGGGGCGCAACAAUAGAGUGACUGACAGGAGAGACACCGCGCUCCCUCCUGCCAGUCACUCGGUGUAGCUUGGCCGAGCAGACCGAAGUACAGGAGCUUCAGUUUCCUGUACCCAGCUGGAUCCACUGGAUGUGCUUACUGAGAGCACUUCCUCUCAGUCCGGCAGGGUACAGGAAACUGAAACUACAAGACAGGUAAUAAGGCACACCAGGGAAAGGAGAGAACCACUAAGGGGGGUGGAGAGGCAUUAAAGGACAGGGAGGGAGAGAAGAUGCUAAGGAACAGGAAGGGGAGGUGAGGGGAGAAGACUACUAAGGGAGAUGGGGAGAGAGGUACACUAUGUAUGUGGGCGGGGAGGUGAGGAGAAGGUAGGGGAACACUAAAUAUUCUUUAAUAAAAAUCUAAUAAAAUCUGACUGGCAUGUAUAUUUUGUGCAUUUACCACUUAAACAUUUUUUAAAAAAAAAUGUAAACCUGUUCAGUUAACAGUAGAAAUUUUUCUUUUUUUCAAAACGGUAAAUGUACAGAAUAUCGGUCGAUCACAUUGGUGGGACUUCACUGUCUCUUAUACAUAAAUGUUGUAGAUCAACUUCAGCUCUGUAUUUUAGUUCAGUUCCAUAUCAUGCAAAUAUAUAUUAAAUGGAACAAAUUUCUUAGAUAUCAUACUGCUGAAAUAUAAAAACAAAUUGCUGUGUAGUAGAUAUACCUAAUGGAAAUGUGUGCAUUUAAUUAUGCAUGCUUUUAUUGGGGGUACACCUGAAAUGUACAGAUAUCUUGUCUGCAGUCUUUGCAAGCCCUUCCCUUCUUUCCCAAGCCAGAUUUCUGUGGCUGGCCAAUCAGACUUGUCAAUGCAGGUGAAUGAGACAUUUUUGCAUUGCAAGUGAUCUGUGCAGUUGCCUCCACUGAGCCAGUGUAGUGUAACAAGGUACAUUUACAAGGGUGCCAAUUUCUAUUAAAAUCUGCAUUUACUGUAAUCAGACGGAGGCGAGGGGAAAUGUCUGGAGUUUCCCUUAAAAUUUUCUAUUUACAGCUUUUUAUUUUAAUAGCUGGUUUUUUUUUUUUUUUUGUUUUUUAAUAGGUCGAUGAAUGAAAUAAAGAACUUGCAGUACCUGCCGCGCACUAGCGAACCACGUGAAGUUCUCUUUGAGGAUAGGACAAGAGCCCAUGCUGAUCAUGUUGGCCAAGGUUUUGAUUGGGAAAGUACAGCUGCUGUAGGUGUAUUGAAGGCUGUGCAGUUUGGAGAAUGGUAGGUUUGGCUUUGUUGCAAAAUAACAUGGUUUUGUGAAUAUUUGUAUUGAUCUGUAUUUCAAAAAGCUUAUUAAUGGAACAUUUUAGGCAACAUAACAUCUACAGAUUGCUUGAUUUACUAUCAAAGGCUUUGAGAAUAUUGUUAAUUUUUCCAGUAGUCCCCUGACACAAAAGUGUGGUUUUCUCUGUGCAGUGCUUCUGCUUGAAACGUUGCAAAUUUCUUACUUUAUGAACACUUGGAAAAGUAACACCAAAGUGUGGUGGUUUUUUUUUGGGGGGGGGGGUUAUUUAUGCUUAAUGGAGCAUUUUUGGUGUAUAGAUUGUCACCUUGCAGUCUCACUGCUCAAUUCUCUAGUAGUUAAAUCACUUUGUUUAUGCAGCCCUAGGCACACACCUCCCUGCAUGUCCUAAAGACUUCAUGUAAAGUGAGAUAUAAUGUUUACGCUUCCUUUGUUGCAAAUGUUGUUUCAUUUAGAAUGUCUUCCCUCCUGUGCUGUUAAUAGCUUGCUAGACAAUGCUACAUGAUCCUCCUGUAUGUAAUUAAAGUGUAAGUUAGUGCAGGAGGUAAAAACCUUUAAAGUAAGUUACAUCUAAUUGAAAAUGAAACCAUUUUGUUUUCAUGCAGGCUGUGCCAGUCACAGCAGGUGAGGUGUGGCUAGGGCUGGAUAAACAAACAAGUAAUUUAACUCUUAAAUGGCAGUGAAUUGAACAGUGAGAUUCCGGAAGUAUGAGCUAUACUCCAAAACUGCUUCAUUUAUGUUUUUAUGGAGACUGUAGUGUCCAUUUAAAUGUUACAAAGGUUCCUGGCCAUGUUUUUCAACACUUAUAUGUAUUCUAAACUGACAUGCUUUUUACUUACUUUAGGAGUGAUCAACCUCGCAUAACCAAAGAUGUGAUAUGUUUCCAUGCUGAGGACUUUUCCCAUGUUGUGCAAAGGCUACAGCUGGAUCUCCAUGAACCUCCGGUUUCUCAGGUGCAGUGAAUGUUCUCAAACAUGUUACUUUUACAUAGGAAAACCUAAUUGAUGAUUUGCAUGUUCAUCUCUCUGCAUUGAAAAUGGGAUUACCAAGGGUACAUUUAAAGGCCAGUCUUUUCUGUGAUCAGCAGAGUGAACAUUUGUGUUUUGAUUAUGUUCAUAAUGUACUCUGUAUUACCACUGCUCCGCCUCUGGCUAUACAAGAAUAUUUUACAUACACAUAUCAAUUGUGGGGGCAUGGAUCUUCACAGUGCCUGCAUUCACUAUACAUGAUGGAUAGAAAACAUUUUCUAGGCUACAGUCCAGAUUAGAGUUAAUGUGUCAAGAUUCUGCUGACCGUGCAAGCUGGAGCAUCUGUAAUUUGCAUCUCCUCUAACUGAGAUGGAAAAUCAUAAAUGCAGAAAUUCAGAUGUAAUGAGCAAUGGUAUUUAAGCAAUUCCUCUUUCACUCCUUUAUUUAUAAAUGUGCAAUGUGAUUCUUCUCAAUUUGCAAUAUGUGAAAAUUUAUAACAUAUUGGGUUGAUGUAAUAAAAUUAUUUUUGCUUCUGUUGUCAGUGCGUUCAGUGGGUGGAUGAAGCAAAACUCAACCAAAUGCGACGGGAGGGAAUCCGUUAUGCACGCAUCCAACUGUGUGACAAUGAUAUUUAUUUCAUACCUCGCAACGUAAUCCAUCAGUUUAAGACUGUAUCUGCUGUAUGCAGCUUGGCAUGGCACAUACGGCUUAAGCAGUACAGCUCCAAUAAAGAAGACCAGCAGGCUUCUGAAAAAGAUCCCUCUAACAUGGCACCUCCAGAACAAGGCACAGAACCCACAAAUUUAAAAUUGGAAACAGAGGAAACCCCACUUCCAGCAACACAUGGACUCUUCAUAACACCGCACAUUCCAUCACAUAGGUUGGAAAGCCAGACACCGCAGACACAAACCAGCCCAUACCAUUAG